GUUUCAGGUUUUGCAUUCCAUUCAAAAGUUUCUUACAUGUCUGCUGUGGCACAUUCAUCCACGUUGCCGGAACUUGAUUUGUCCGGCGAGCAGCCACAGUUAGCGCAACAAGCCAUUAGCACCUACUCGGACUCUGUCGAUCAGCUCACGUGGCAACUGCAUAGUGAGUAUGCUGGACCAAAAGAGUCUGUACUUCCACGUGAAUUUCGACAGCGCCUGCACAAACAUUUUGCUCGCAUCGAGCAGGAGUUCGAGCGAGAAUAUCGCCGUCUAUGUGGCGAAAACUUAGCUUUACAAGAACGGUUAGAAAAAUUCGAGGAUGGCGAUCACUCGGAGUCUACGACGUUGGCAAAGAAGCUGGGUGCGAGCAUGCUAUCACAGCGCAUCAAACAGCAAUACAAACAAUCCACAUCUCGCUUGGUGUCUAGCCUUCGUCAGUCCACGGGUCAUUCUACUGGCGGUGCUGUGAUUCCUCCUUCACCUAUGACCCACGGACCUACCCACGGCGUUCCUUUUGCGCAGAGCAAUUCAUCCGUGCAAGUGGCAACAAGCCUGCCAUCAGCUACUGCCGGCCCUGCAGUUUUCGUCGGUUCCUUUGCUGGGCAUGGCGGAAUGUGGCAACUGAUGUCUCGUGUUUCCGCACAUCGGGACGGUAUAUGGGAAGUCACUCCAUAUCGUCGAUUUGUGGCUUCAGCAUCCGCAGACACAACAGUUCGGCUGUGGUCUAACGAUGUGCAAUUGAACUGCUUGUUGGUUUACAUGGGGCAUUGUGGUUCCGUUAACUCCGUUCGUUUUCGCGGUCGAGAUCAGUUGAUGCUCACCUCCAGUGGUGACGGUACGGCCCACCUGAUCAAAAUGCCUUAUGACUUGUUGCUCAAAGCUGCCGGAUCACGGGCAUCGCAUGGACCAACUGGUGUUACUUCUCCCGUCAAUCAAGAGGGAACCACCACAGCGACCUCAGCAGACGUAGCUGGAUCCGCCUUCUCCAUGCCCAUGUGCCCCACCCCCGGAACAGCAGUCAAAUUUCCCCUGGACUCUGAUGAGGCUGUUUGUGAUUCGGCAGAUGAUGGCGGUAGUUCCAACGCACCCGUCCACGUACAGCAUCCUCACGCUGUUUUUCAAUCUGCCAAUAUCUACCCCGUUGGAUCUUCAUGUGGAUUGACCGGCGCGGCCAACUCUAGUGCUACUGCAGCUACGGGUAAUUCGAUGGAUUCUUCUCCACUAUCUGCUGCUGAUUUUCUCACUUGUGGCGAUCAGAUCGUUACAGCUGGAUGGGAUCGUUUAGGCCGGAUCUACGACCUGACCACUGGGCAAGAAGUCAACUCACUAACGGGUCAUGGUCAUCAGCUAACCGAUGUCCGGUGUUCGCCUGCGGGCGUUCCGAUCGUGGUCACUUCAUCGAGAGAUUGCACUUUUCGUUUGUGGGACUUUCGACAACCCGGCAUGCGUGUACAUGUUCAACAGGCUCACACACAAGCCCUCUCUACUACGCAGUUUAUCUGUGGUGGUCCCACUGAGCGUCUAAUCAGCGCUGGUGGAGAUCGUUUCUGUCGCAUUUGGGACUUAAGGCAGACCCGCGGUCCCUUGGUUAGCAUUCGUACAGACUCCGGCAUCAACAGACUCGCCAUUUCUGGAAGCAGCAUUACUAGUGGCCUGCUUUCUGGGGACUGUGCGGUGGAUUCUCCCUUGAUCACGUUGGUCUCAUCGAUGCCCGCCUCUUCCGCGACUGAGGUGACUUCCUCGCCAUCGGCCACUUUGCAGUCUUCGAACAUGACCGCUACUCCUCCGCGAGCUGCUCCGACUCCCAACCCUGUUUCAGUAACCGCCGCCAUUGCCGGCGUCUCAUCAUCAGUUGCCGGACAAACGUGGGCUACAAGUCUCACACAUGUCCUCGCCCUUCCUCUGGAUAAUCGAGGCAUCAAAUUUUUCGACCUAACUGGAAGUCGCAUUGGUCGUUUGACUCGUUCCUCCUCCAGGGGUCACACUCGUAUGGUCACCAGCGUAGCGUGGUCUGACGAAGGUGUCUGCAACUUCUUCUCUGCCGGUUUCGAUUCGAGGCUUCUUGCUUGGCAAUUGCAUUUGAACAACUGAUGAUCCAUGCAAUUUGUGUUUGCGUUUAGGUUCUUGUCACGGUGCACUCCCUUUGUUUACAUUUUCCGUCCCUCCUAACACUCGCACUGAAAUGCACUGUCGCGCCAGUUUUUGCUGCUGCUGAAAACCAUUUCUUCUCCCUUUUUCACUGUGUGAUAUUUUGUAGCCAUACUUUUGCUGCACCUCCCGUUGUCUUCUUUGGUCAGUUUCUCUUUCCUUGUUGCUACGCAAUCAGGAGUGACUACUUUCAUUCUUGCUGUUUUUGUUCAUAUUUUAUUAAUUGUCUCUUACGGGUACGUUCAUUGAGCCAUCUGUGACCUAAUCGUUGCUAUCUUUUUGUACAGCGCGUUAUGUCAUGUUUCUGAACCUUUCUUGCUUGUUGUAUAUAAGCGAUAUUGUUGUCAGAAUGCGUACUCAUCCUCAACUCCCACAGUUUUUUUACUCCGCUCUUUCACACUUUAGAUUGUAUAGCUAAGUGUUUUUUAUUGUGCAUUCGCUUCUCAAUCUGGUUCCAUGGUUGGUCAAUUUUAACAAAUCGUCAAGUAUACUUUGAGUUGUUUA